AUGCCACCAUUGAAGAAGAGGAAACUAUCAGAUACAGAAGCUGAAGAAAGUGAAUCAUCAUCAACGUCAACACCACCACUACCGAUACCACAACACGAACAAGAACAAGAACAAGAACAACAAUUUUCAACAAUCAAUAACAAUGCAAAGACACAUUAUUUCUUAACACCUAAGACUACUCCACAACCAAAUUCAUUUGAAGAUACAUUUUCUAAAAUCACUAAUCAAACUCAUAACUUCAAAAAUUCAGGAUGUCCAUUUAUACCUCUUUUCAAUGGAUUAGAACCUAUAAAAAAUGUAAAAUAUAGAUAUCAAUUAUAUCAAACAAUAUGGAAUAAUCAAUUAAUUAAAAUUCAAAAUAUUUUAAAUAAUGCAAAUAAUGAAUUAUUUAAUUUGUUAUAUCAAUUCAUAUGUUCACCAAAGGAAAUUGAAAAUAAAUUAGAUAUUGGAUAUAUUCAAUUAACUUCAAAUAAUGCAAAUAAUCAAAGAAUUAUAAAUGAAUUUUUAGAAUUUAUGAAUAAUCAAAAGAAUAAUUAUCAGCUAAUUACAAUAAAUUCAAAGAUGGGUUCAAAUAUUAAAAAUUUAAUGAAAGAAAUUAUAAAAUUAUUUAUUGAUCAAGUUCCUUUUUUCAAUCAUGAUAAUUAUUUAAGUUAUGAUAUUGAAAUUAUAUCAAAUUGGUAUUUAAAUCAAUCACCAAAUGAAGAUCAAAAACUAGUUAUUGUCAUUGAGGAUACUAAUUUAUUUAAUCAUCAAUUAUUAAAUCAAUUAUUAACAAUUUUAACAUCUUCAAAAAAUAUACCAAUAAAACUUUUAUUAGCAUUAAAUUGUGAAACUGUAAGUAAUUGGUUAAUAAAUAAUAUAAGAAAUGAAAUAAGAAUUAAAUUAAAUGGGUAUAAAUUUAAAAGUAAUGAUAAUAAAAGUUUAGGAUAUAUUAUAUUAAAUAAUUUAUUUUUAACACCAGAAAUAAAUAAUUCAAAUCCUUUAUUAAUUGAUUCAAAAUUAAGUAUUAUAUUAUUAAAUCGUUAUGAAAAUAGUAAUAAUUCAAUUGAUUCAUUAAUAAAUUUUAUAAAAUUAUGUUAUAUGAUUUAUUUUUAUAGUUCUCCUUUAUCAAUAUUAAUUUCAAAAUUUGAUAAUUCUGAAAUUUAUUUAAAUGGUUUAAGAAAAUUACCAAGUUUUAAAAAUCAUAUUGAAAUAAGAGUUAAAGAAAAAGAUCCAAUUGUAAAAGAAUUAAUUGAAUCUGAUUCAAAACUUAUUAAACUUUUCCAACAUUCAAAACAACAAUAUCAAAAACAUAAAUUAUCAAUUAUGAAUUCAAUUAAUAUUAUUUAUAAUUUGGAUUCCACCAAACAAAAACAAAAAUUUCAAAUUUAUCAAUUAUUAAUUAAUAAUAAAUUAUUUAAUUCAAAAUAUUUUCAUGAUAUUAUAAAUUUUUCAAAUUCUUCCCCCAUUGAAAUACAAACUUUACUCAAGUCAAUAUUUGAAAAUACAAUCGAUGAAAUAAAUGAAGUUCAAGAUAGUUAUUUAAUAAACUUAAAGAUUGAAAUUAAUAACUUAACUAAUCCUAUAGAUAAUUUUCAAUUUAUAAAUGUUAUAGAAAAUUAUUUUAGUAAUCCAAUAUUAACAACACCAUUAAAUUAUAUGUUAUUUAAUGAAAUUUUUUCAAUGAAUGGAGGAUAUUUAAAAAAUAAUUAUUUAUUAGAAGAAAAUUAUUCAAAUUUAGCUUUAAAUUUAUUAAGACCAAAUUUAAGACAAUCAAUUGAAGAAAAUUUAGAUAAUUUUGAAACAAUUUUAAAAAAUUCAAUACUCUUAAAAACUGAAGUAGAAUCAGAAUCAGAAUCAGAGUUAAGUCAAGUUAUAAAAAGUCCAAUUUUAUGUUUAUUAUUUAAAGUAUAUAAAGAAGCACCAGCAUCAAUAAAUUUAAAUGAUUUUUAUCAAGCUUUUGUAUCAUUAUUAACAAAACCUGACAAUAUUCCGUCAAAAGAAGAAUGGAAUAAAAUAACUUAUUGUUGGUUUAUUCAAAGUUGUUAUGAAUUAAUGCAUUUAGGAAUUGUUCAAUUUAAACGUACUCAAGAACAUUUAGAAAAAGCUAUUUGGAAAGGUGUAUAA